CUGUCCAUCAUCAACAUUCGUUCAUGCAGGCUAGCGAGUACAUUUAACAUACGCAGACUACGGCCAAGAUGGCCAACCUCAGCCAGAUCUCUACCAAUCGCGGGGAAAGUGUGAUGCAUACGUUUCCCAUGUCAGAUACCCCCACGCUGGAUUUCGCAGAGACCCAGUCGGUCACGCUCGAAUGGAAGUUGAGCGGGUUGAAACAUGUUUACGAAUCCACCGAGGGGGUCACCAAGUCGAAAUGUAUCAAGAGCGCGGUCUUUGGGGAUCCGGAUCAUCUAUGGGAGAUCAUCUUUUAUCCCAACUCCGGCCCAGUAGGCCCGUCCCCCAAUUCCUUAACGACCCCAGCUCCGGGGGACAUGUCGUCCUUCUACCUCUCGGCCGUCCCGACUAAGGAGGAACAGGCUAGCGGGAUCAAGGGAAAGUGGGUUAGGAAGGGGAUCUGGGCGUUUAGGUUUGAUGUGCGAGUUGGGGGGAAAGGAGGGCAGAGUAUAGCUUACAAAGAGGCGGCAACGCACGUAUUUAGCUCCAAGACGGUCAACUGGGGCUGGCAAUCGUUCGCCAAACGGAACACCCUCUACUACAACGCACCCUCCGCCGUCAGGGAAUCCGACUCGUUCAUCAUCACCUGCACGGUCAGUGCCAACUCGGGCCCGCCCGCAGGUGCUUGGUUGGGGUACAACAUCUCGAAUUCGACUUGGCAGACCGAUCCUGGUUCUCCUGGGUAUACGUAUGCCCCGAAAGGGUUCGAGGCGUCGGGAUCUGGGUGGAGGGGGAGUGAGGGGGGUUGGAAGGGAGUGGGAGGGGGUAACGGGGCGAUGGGAGGGGAGAGGAGGGUGGUACCGAAGGAACUCGUUGACGCUGUCGCCAGGACGUUUGAUCGAGAGGUCUAUUCGGAUGUGGAGUUCGUUUUGCCAGACAGGAAGAGGAGAAAGGUGGUCGUCGCCGGUAGAAACAGUACGGUACCGCAAGACGGAGCCAGGGCGCUAUCCGGGACGGGAUCGAAUACGCUAGCUGGACACGUCUCGACGGACGCCGGGAUGAACCUGAACACCCUCUCGUCCUCGCCCUCGGCAAUGCCCGGUCAAGGACAUACCUUGGGCGAAGCGACUCCGCCGACCGAGACGCGCGAGGAAGCGCAGGGAGACAAGGGGUACAAGACGAUCUGGGCGAACAAGGAGUUUUUGAGGAGGAGCGAAUAUUUCGAGUCGAUGUUGGAAGGCGGGUUCAGCGAGACCGCAGGGGUGGCAUCGCCCAUUCAGGAUUUGCACGUCGACGAUGAAGAGUUGCCAGAGGACUCGGAUAUGGAAGAGGAAUGCUUGUCGGACGACGAAGACGAGGAACCGAUGAUCAGGUCAAACUUGGGAGACGCUAGCCGACCCGCUACACAGAAUAGGAACCAGGCGGGCUCUGCGUCCUCAGCUGUCGGACCGACAAAGACCAAGAUUGUCGUCAGGGACGCUGCAUUCAGGACCUGGUACGCGCUCAUCUAUUACCUCUACACCGACGUCAUCGUCUUCGCCCCGCUGUCUUCGUCGUUUAUCGAGAAAUCGGAUACGGUCGAUACUGCAUUACCGGCCAGGACCUCCAGGCAGACGGAUCGAUCGGAGAAUCAGAUUUUGAAGGGGAUCAAGGGGAGGAAAGAGUGGCUCGAGACUUGGAUGACUGAGAUGGAUACGAGGGCGGAAGGGACGCCAGAGCCGGUGCCCUGCAGUGCCAAGGCCAUCUAUCGGCUUGCUGAUAAACUCGACUUGCCUCGACUCCGUCAGCGCGCGUUUCAACAUAUCAUCUCCCAAUUGACCGUCCAGAACUGCCCGUUCGAGGUUUUUACCAAUUUCUCGGCCACCUACGAGCAGGUCAGAAAGGUGGAGAUCGCCUUCUUCCUCCAUCACUGGAACGAAAUCAAGGACUCGAACGCCAUGGUCAACCUCUGGCAACAGAUCCGACUCGGGCGCUUCGACGCGUUUACCGAGAUCUGGCCGCACAUCGUCUCGAACCUCUCUUUUGUCCCCUCGGCUCCGUCGUCGGAUCGAUAGAGUGCCUUUACGCCAUUCCUUUACGCCAAUUUACGACCUAGUCUACUUUACGCCAUCUAUCGUCUGUUGCUGUAUUAUGUGACCGUUAAAGUCGGUUUUGUUUUUCCAUGUCAAUUUGCGCUUUCCUUACGUCUACCGUCAGAGUUGUCACACGACGUCAAGGGAUAUUCUGAAAAGAUGCAACUCGAUUCAUACAUCUAUGACAUCUGGGAGGGCUCGUGGAC